GUCGUCACUGGUGACCCCAUCCACGGCGUUAUGGAUCCAUACGAUCCAUACAUGGAGUGGUACAUGCGGAUUACACGGCGUUUCAUCAACCCCAGCUACACACCGCCAUCCGCACAUUACCAUCCAUCCUUUGACGUGAUCAGGGGAUAUGCGUUGGAUAUGACGGCGAUGGUUGACGCACUGUCGGACGUCCUUCCAGGCAUACCUGAGCCGCCCAGAGCACAGGUCGAGCGGGUGCGAGAUAUGGGCAUGGCUACCUUGCAGAGAUAUGGUCACGCCUAUCUCGUCCACCCCCGGGACGAUCAUGGCGGCCACUCUAGUCACUCACAGUUCGAGGCUGGCCAGAGUAGCUGUGGGGGUGAUCCUUCGUCAUUCACGGGCGCAGAGGAGUACGACAUUCGCAGUUCCGCGCCCCUACGUCAUCCUGAUGACCCAUCUUCUAGCCAGCUGACUCCGCCAGUACGCCCGAACCCAUUUACCACGGUCCGUCACUACAGCCGUCGUCAAAGGCCGAGAGUGGACAUACAGGAUAGAGAGCUGUUACACCAAAUUGAUGAGUCAGAAUAG